AUGAAUUUCAUACAACAAACAGAAACACAAAAAGCCAAUAAAAGCGGGAACCUGAUCAGAUUUCAUCCCAGUGCUAAGCUCGUGAUGAAAAAUGGGCAAGAAUUCGAUACGGGUGAAGUACAGCUCACCACUGUUCAGAAAGAGCUGAUUAAGGAAACCACUACCUCUGAACCAGCUCCUAAAUCUGUUCAAGGGUCUGCACCAACAGUUGCAAGAGACGCACAACUUAGGAGAGCCGUGUACGACGCGAUCGUGCAGUUAUCAGAUAUUGUUUCGGAAGAUGCUCUCAAAAUGCUUCUUCCAUUCCUUCAUUGUACCGCUUGGGAUGAAGUGAUUGAAGAACGCUACCUAGGGAGUCCACGUUUGUGUGGAUUUCCCGUUUGUGGUGAAAUCGUCGAGGCCCGCGUGAAGAAACAACGAUAUCAUAUCGACAGAGCAGCAUGCAAGAUUUACGAGCACCGGUCUGAAACCGAUAUGUACUGUUCUCGGUUCUGCUUGUUACGGUCUGCAUCUGUUCGAUCUCAGUUGCCCGAUGAACCGCUUUGGCUCUCAGGAAAUAUUUCGAAGAGAAUGAGUUCCACCUACCGCACUGAAGGUCCAUCAGAGUUAGGAAAUCAAGGAAAGAAGCGUGAAAUCGAAAUCGUACGUGCUGCUGAAGAGAAACUAAAUGAUCUUAUUAUCAGAGAAGCGGAGUCGUCGUCACAAUCGGAAGCAGAAGAUGAGGAGAAUGAGACAGAUGUCAAACAUUUUCUCGAUGGGGUUAGCAACAUUCUUGGGGCUGAGCAACUCGAAGAAAGCACUCAAGAAAUGAAGAAUACAGCUCCUCCUAAAGUCAGCCCUAACGCUAAAAUUCGACAAUCAUCGAGCAAAUCCCCGACAGUCGUCAUUUCUGCAAAAGCCCCUCCUGUCAUUCACAAUCCAAGGCUCCCAGAUCCACAGAUGUCCAGUGAGCACACUUUCACACGUGCUGAAAUAGAGAAACUUUCAAGACUGAGGUCAAAGUACUCAGGACGUGGAAGUAAAAAACCAGUUCUCGUUGAUCCGGCCCCGCUAACCCCUUCAACUUCUAAAACUCACCCGCUGGAUGGAAUUGUAGCGGAUCCUCCCAAGCCAUCUCAAGAUGUUGAUACAAAUAGAUCGUGCAAUGAAGCAAAGUUCAUCGAAGAUGCUCGAGUUCUUUUCAAAGGAUGGGUAACAGACCGAACACGUCAGCUCCUUCGAUCAGGUGGCCUUUGUUUAUCUGACACAACAAGUUCGGUAAUGAAACAGUUCUUUCGACCCUUCAGUGAUGACGUAACAGAAAUGAAUGAGUUUGUAUUGCCAAGUGUCGACUCGAUUGACGUGCGAAAGAAACGUCUUCACAUUUUCCUGGAGUCUGUUAAGAAACCAUUGGCUGUAUAUCAGCGAGAGCUGGAGUUCUCUUUUUCGGAAUUCAACUGGUUGUAUGUGCUAGCUGCCACAUUCACCUUGGAAGCUAAUACUAUUACGAAUUUCUCCAAUGAUGUGCUCAAGCUCGUUUGCGCUCUGCUGCUCAAAUUGAUUUCUUUGCUGGACACGUCUGUAGAAGACUCUAUAUUCCCCGAAGGCAAAGUGGCGGACAGGUUCGUACGCUCACUAGCUAACCUUGACGUAGAUUUGAAGACUUUCGACAGUAUAAUUUCGGAAAUUCUCGGUGAUGAAAAGAUCUCCGUUUAA